AUGGAGUGGAGGAACCACAGUGGCAGAGUAAGUGAUUUUGUGCUGCUGGGCUUCCCAGCUCCUGUGCCACUGCAAGCACUGUUGUUUUCCCUCUCUCUGCUGGCCUACGUGUUGGUGCUGACUGAAAAUGCACUCAUUAUUAUGGCAAUCAGGAACCACCCCACCCUCCACAAACCCAUGUAUUUCUUUCUGGCUAAUAUGUCCUUCCUGGAGAUCUGGUAUGUCACUGUUACUAUUCCCAAAAUGCUUGCUGGCUUCAUUGGGUCUAAACAGAAUCAUGGACAGCUAAUUUCCUUUGAGGGCUGUAUGACACAGCUCUACUUUUUCCUGGGCUUGGGCUGCACUGAGUGUGUCCUUCUUGCUGUUAUGGCCUAUGAUCGCUAUGUAGCCAUCUGUCAUCCUCUCCACUACCUUGUCAUUGUCAGUGGCCGUCUGUGUGUGCAGCUGGCAGCUGGCUCCUGGGCUGGGGGCUUUGGAAUCUCCAUGGUCAAAGUUUUUCUCAUUUCUCGCCUCUCUUACUGUGGCCCCAACAUCAUCAACCACUUUUUCUGUGAUGUCUCCCCAUUGCUCAACCUCUCGUGCACUGACAUGUCCACAGCAGAGCUCACUGACUUCAUCCUGGCCAUUUUUAUCCUGCUGGGGCCGCUCUCUGUCACUGGGGCUUCCUACAUGGCCAUUGCUGGUGCUGUCAUGCGCAUCCCUUCAGCGGCUGGACGCCAUAGAGCAUUUUCUACCUGUGCCUCUCACCUCACUGUUGUGAUCAUCUUCUAUGCAGCCAGUAUCUUCAUCUAUGCCCGGCCUAAGGCACUCUCAGCUUUUGACACCAACAAGCUUGUCUCCGUACUCUAUGCUGUCAUCGUACCAUUGCUCAAUCCCAUCAUAUACUGCUUGCGUAACCGAGAAGUCAAGAGAGCCCUACGCUGUACUCUGCACCUGUACCAGGGCCAGGAUACUAACUUCAAGAAAUCUGGUAGAGACAGGUAG